CAGACAAUCAUUGACAUUUAUGAGUUAUGUACUGCAGCAGUACUUGUGCACUUCUGCUGAGAAAUACUCUGUAGUGUACAUGAACUCCACCAAGGUUUAGCCAUUUUACUGUGUUCAACUUGUUACAAUUCUACUGUAAAAACUGUCAGUGGAAAACUGUAGAACCUUAUUGACUCUGGGCCCAGUGAAAACAGAGCAGACCUGGAACCAGAAGUCCUCACGUGGGACCCGGACAGACGGAGGAGUUGGCUGCAGUGUUUUCAGCUCGGAAUUCACGGAGCAGGAAAAAAAAACCCAACACCACUUUCAACGUCACCGCUUCUUGUACUCGUGAAUACAAAUAACUUCAUUUGUGUUAUUUGUACACACGCUCUUCGUGAGUUGUUCAGUUUAAAAAAAAAAGCCAAAUGAUCAGAAUCAGACAGGAAUAUAAAACACUAGCUUUGUUUUGUUAGCAUGCGGGUUGGUCCAAUGAUGCGGUGCGCUUUAUGUGACGUAUAUCGCCCGGUUUAACUGCUGGACUGUUGGGAACCGCUUCGACACAGCAGACGGUAAACAUGUAACAUUGUGGACGGGACUCGUUCUGACACAGGACACACUGUGAGAACCAGGGAACAACGCCCGUAAAAAGGUACCGCCUGGUCUUCCUGCUGCCGCCGCUGAGUGAUCCAUCAUCGGACAGAGCUACAGAGGAACCUGGGAGAUUCUGCUGGGUGGAUCUUCGAUCUGUUGGCUGUCGACACACCAAAAAUAUGACCUGAAGGUGUAAGGACAUGGGUCCAGACCUGGUCUUUUUUCUCCUGUUCAUCUCGAUCAGCUGUGUGACAUGCUGGUCUGAUAAUGGCCGCCGCCACCAGUACGACUACUGUGUCCUGGGAGCUGGACCUGCAGGACUGCAGAUGGGAUACUUCCUGUCCAGGGCCAGAAGAGACUACAUCAUCCUGGAGAGGAGUUCUGGGCCAGGCAGCUUCUUCCACAGGUUCCCCCGACACAGAAAGUUGAUCAGUAUCAACAAGAUCCACACAGGAUCAGCAAACAAAGAGUUCAACCUGCGUCAUGACUGGAACUCACUGCUGAGUGACAAGUCCAGCCUUUUGUUCAAGCGGUUGAGCAGUGAGUUUUACCCCCCAGCUGACACCUACCCCCUCUACCUGUCCAUCUUCCAGAAGGAGCUGGGGUUGAAAGUACAGUAUGGUGUGGACAUCAGAAAUGUCCGAGCAGUUCAGAUGGCCACGGGGGUUCAAUACCUGUUGACGGAUCAACAGGCUUCUGAGCUCCAGUGCAGCACCCUUCUUGUAGCCACGGGAUUGUGGGUGCCCCAGAAGGUGGACUUUGUUGGUUCGGAGCUGGUGGAGGGCUACGAGUCCAUCUCCACCAACCCUGAGGACUACAAGGACCAGACCGUGCUCAUCCUGGGGAAGGGAAACUCGGCUUUUGAAACGGCCCAAAGCAUAAUGGGCAGAGCCAGUUUUGUUCACAUGCUCAGUCCCAGCCCGGUCCGGUUGGCUUGGCAAACACACUACGUGGGAGACCUCAGAGCGGUGAAUAACGACCUGUUGGACACGUACCAACUGAAGUCCCUGGAUGGGCUGGCUGAAGCCAACCUGGAGAACAUCGUGAUCGCUCACCUGAAGGACGGAGACAGUAAGAAACCAGAAAAGAAGAAGAAAGACAAGAAGAAGAAGAAGAAGAAGUUGUAUCCGAGGUUGAACAAGUUCCUCCUGAAGCAGGAAGGAGGAAAAAACACCUCUGAGGUUUCAGCAGAGGAACUUUCAAAGUAUCACAUUGACAAUUUCUCACUGCGAGAGCCCUACGACCGAAUCAUUCGAUGCCUUGGAUUCCGAUUCAACUUCAGCAUAUUCCACAGCUCUGCCCGGCUGCAGAACAGCGAGAAUGCCAAAGGGAGGCUGCCCAGUGUGACGGCGUGGUACGAGGGGGAGAACAGCCCCGGGUUGUUUGUCCUGGGAACAGCAGCUCACUCCAGAGACUAUCGACAGUCUGCCGGGGGCUUUAUUCAUGGGUUCCGUUACACAGUUAGAGCUGUCCACCGUGUACUUGAAUACCGCAACCAUCGCAACCCUUGGACUUCAACAAAGUUGAUGACAUCACAGCUGCAAUCCUGGAUUCUGAAGCGGGUCAAUGAGGUGUCUGGGCUGUACCAGAUGGUGGAGGUGUUAGGUGAUGUUGUGCUUUUACAGGGGUCCCAGUGUGAAUAUGUUGAAGAGUUUCCAAUUCAAGCCUUGCCCCAGUUUACGUCUCUCUCUGGCCACAAGGUGUCCCUGCAGGGUCUAAUUGUUAUCAUCAUGCAGUAUGGCAAGAAAGUGACUGACACCCUGGGUCCAGACAGAGCAAGACAGAUCAACUGGACCACAGCCUGGAGAUCCAGCUUUCUGCACCCCGUCCUAUAUCACUACGACACUCUCCCUACUGAGGAGGAAAUGAGGUUGCGACCCAAAAACUGGGCUUUGCCGAGACCCAAGGCCAUCCAUCACGUGGUUGAAGAUUUUCUCACCAAUUGGCAGCGCCCCCUAUCUCACAUACAACCACUACAGCGCUUCCUGGAACACUGUCUCCAGGCCGACCUCCGCAGCUUCUAUGCAGAAUCGUGUUUUCAGUCCUCCCUCACACACCGGAGGCCCCCCCUCUUCUGCCAGCAAGGAUACUUAAAGCAGCAGGGUAUUCAACAUGUGGCUCGGCCUAUUGAACGUGUACAGUUCUCCGGAUUGAUGCCCACCAAGCAGGAUGGAGUCUCAUCGGGACCUGACCCAGCAUUAGCCAACUUCCUGGCCCAGGCUGGGACACCUGUGUCUCCAGGACUGAGACUGGACCUUUGAUUCAGUGUUUGGUUUUGGUUCUAAACUCUACGCCUCUUUCAUCAGAACCACCAAAGUCUUGAUGAAUUUGCUGAGCCAAAUCAAGUCUAAGUCGUAAGUUAGAUUUAAACCCCGAAAUUAAUAAAACAUUUUGAAAUUAAAAUUCUGUGGAGAACCACAGCUGAGAUUCAUCCUUUGAAGUUCUGUUAAUGUUCUGUUAACCGUUUAUUACCUCAGUUUGUUUCAAAGCUCGACGCUGCACAGCAGGGCAGUUCUGUAAUGUUCUGUAAUUGAAAUGGUCCUGAUGUCACUUCAUUGGACAAGCACUACUGUAUAUUCAGUGUAUAACAAAGUGUUCAUGAUAUUCAUGUAUAAAAGUCACCGUUGGUUUCUCAUAAUGGAUCGUUGGCGCCCUCUGCUGGGGCUAUAUUCUACUGUACGUUCAUGUACACAUUGCAAACGUUUUAAUAAAAUAUGACUGUGAUUCAUUUUAUGAAGA